AUGUCACAAGUGGUGCAGCAGGUGUUACCUACUGAAAGCGCGCACACUGUGGACGUGCCGGAGGUGGAUCUGAGCCACCUGAGCGACGAGGAGCGCGCCAAGAUCCAGAGCGUGAUGGCCAAGGCGCAGCUCAUGGACAAGGACCCCGCGCCCGCCCCGCCGCCGGUGCACACCAGGAGGGAGUUCGAGCUGCCUUCAGAGUUUGGAGCAAGGCGCGGAAUGGAUUUCCCGCCGAAGCUGUGCUCCCACUGCCGCCAGAGAGAGGCAUCUCCCGGGAUGGGCCAGGACUGUACACAGUGUCGCAAACCUACCUGCAACACGUGCGGAAGCGUCUUCGCAGUCGACAAUAAGAGACCGGAAUGGCUGUGCAACACGUGCAUCAAGAAGAUGUCUCCCAUGGGCUGGCAGGGGCAGGACCAACUCAUGAGUUCGCAGCAUCAGGCGUGGGAGUCGCACAUGCGCGUCAAGGAUAUGAGAAGGGAGCCGGCGCAGCGAGGCGAAGAGCGCCAGCGUGAGUAUCCCGCCACCCCCAGCCCGUCGCCCCCCGCGUCCCCGCCGCCCCCACCUCCCCUGCCUCCCCCGCCCCGAGCCCACGCACCCGCUCCCACUCCCGAGCAGGAGGAGGACGACGACGACGACGAGGAGGCUGGCGGCGGCGCGCAGCCCGGCCCCGAGGCGGCGGCCGGCCCCUGCCCGGGGGCCUUCCUGGACCGCAGCCCGGGCGAGGUGUACACCAUCCCCGAGGAGGAAGAGGAGGCGGCCAGCCCCACGAGCGGCGACGGCGUCACCAGCCUGCGCCAGCGCCGCCUGGCGGGAGGUGGGUGCGCCCCCUCAGCCGGCGCCGCAGCAGCGCGCAGCCUGCAGCCUGCCCCGAGCCAGACGCGCCGCCUCCCACAACACACUUCUUGCCUCCACCCUAGCAUCGCGUCCGACAAAUUUCGCCUAUAG